GGCUGCAUUUCAUGAGGCUGCAGCUGACAAGAAGCUUCAAGUGGAAAUUUUCCUGGACCUGAUCAAGCGCAUAACCUGGUUGCUGUGUUGGCUAUAGCCCUGCGUGUGUCCUCCUUGCAACUCAUUCUUUCAGACUCACAGCCUAGGUUAAUAUAAGAGAUGCACAUUACCUGGUGAAUCUGUAUGUGAAGCUAGUUGAGCCCCAGAAAGGCAGUGCAACAACAGAAGCCUCAAGCAGGAAGAAGGCCCUGCUGGACAAGCAGCCGGAGUGAGAAUCAAAACAACAGGAUCACAGGGACAGACUCUCCACAAUCCAUGUGACAUUGGGAGAGGCCUUCUGUCUUCCCCAUCACAGGGAGGAGGCGGAGCAUUCUCUCAGAAGCAUUCUUGGUGGAGGGACUGCAUUUCAGGAGGCUGCAGCUGACAAAAAGCUUCAAGUGGACAUUUUCCUGGACCUGAUCAAGUGUGUAGCCUAAUUGCUGUGUUGGCUACAGCCCUGCAUGUGUCCUCGCAACUCAUUCUUUCAAAUCACAGUAUCUCUCAUAUUGUCCCAUUUAAGCAACGGGCUCAAGCAUCCUUGGGAAAUUCUGCUGGAAGAGAACAGACCAAAAAAGCUAUAAACACUUGGUAAUUCUAAGACAAAGGCGAUUUUGGUGAGAGUGUUGUUUUGGGUAGGAACUGCCUUAAUAUUGACAAGAAUAGUCAUUCACCUCAGUCUCUGAUAGUAAACAAAUCUAAGUCAUAAUGGAUGCUGAGUACGUCUUAUGCAAUUGGAAAGACCAGUUAUGGCCAGCAAAAGUUUUGUCCAGAUGUGAGACUUCAUCAAACAGUAAGAGAAAAAAGACAUUUUCCCUAGAAGUUCAAAUACUCUCAGUAAAUGAAAAAAUUAAAGUGGAAAGCAAGGAAACAAAGAUCCUAAAUAAAUCUCAAAUUGAAGCCAUUGCCUCCUCACUAGCAGCACAGUCAGAGGGCAGUUAUCCACCUAGAGAGGAAACAGCUUAUGCAAGGUCACUAAAAAUGGCACUGGGUAUUCUGAAUAAGAGAACAAAUUUGAAUCAAUCAAGCAGUUCAGAUGAAGAAGAGACCACCACACUGUCUCAAAAUGUACCACAAAAGCUUUCUAAUUCACCCCCUCGUAAAAAGUAUCGGAAGCCUAAAGGAAACUUAUCGAAGUGUCUUGAAGAAAGUGAAAUUCCAACAUUUCUGUUAGUAUCUUCAGAGAGUGAUGAUUCCUUGUAUGAUGAUAAAUCACAAGUGCAUGCAACCGUUGAUACUAUUCCAAGUGAGAUGGAAACAAAAUCAUCACAAAACUCCAGCUGGUGCCAAAUUUUCCCUCCACUUUCAGAAGAGGAUGAAAAGGAGAGCAAGAAAAAGAUUGACAUCCCAACAAUUAUGCCUUUGGAUUCUACAAUCAAAGAGGAAGGUGCUUAUGUUAAAGAAGAGAAGUUCACUCCAACUUCACCACCAGAUAUCUUCAUUGUGCCAAAAAGUUUGAAAGAGGAGCCAGAAGAUCUCUGCCCAAAGACACUGGCCAUUUCCUCUGAAUGCUCUGCCUUCUUAGAGAAUAUUGAGGAUCCUGGAGAGGGUCCCUCGAAUUCAUGCUUAGAUACAAGCCAGAAUCAACCUGUAGAAUCAGAGACAGGUGCUCUGGCACCCCCCAGUUAUUGUUCAUGGGAAUGUCAGGUUCCAUUUAGUGCCUCUAACCGUGUCAUGGAUUGUUCACUCCGUGGGGAUAAUGAAAGAAGUGACCAGAAUCCGGAUUUUGAGGAACACGGAGAAGAACUCCAAGCUUCUGAUAAGUCAGUGCCUCUAAAUCCUGUUGAUACUUCUGUACUAGAUGACGAUGAGGAAGAUGAAGUACUUCCACCAGUUGUUUUUCAUUAUGAGCCACGUUCAUUUGAAGCAGGAAUGAUAGUCUGGUUUAAAUAUAAAAAAUAUCCAUUUUGGCCAGCCAUAGUGAAAAGCAUCAGGAGAAAAGAGAAAAAAGCAAGUGUGAUUUUUGUUGAGGCAAACAUGAAUCGUGAAAAGAGAGGCAUUAGAGUGCUUUUGAGAAGAUUAAAAAAAUUUGAUUGUAAAGAGAAACAAGCACUAGUGGAUAAAGCCAGGGAGGAUUACAGUGAAAGUAUUGACUGGUGCAUCUCACUGAUUUGUGACUACAGAGUUAGACUAGGUUGUGGUUCUUUUACAGGCUCUUUCCUUGAGUAUUAUGCUGCUGACAUUAGUUAUCCAAUCAGGAAAGUAAUCAGACAAGAUACCUUCAGGAACUUAUUUCCAAAGCUGCAUAAUGAAGAUUCUAUGGAACCGAUGGCCAUGACUUCCCAGACCAAAAGAAUGUCCUUCAAAAAAAUUCUCCCUGACCGAAUGAAGUCAGCUCGGGACCGAGCCAACAGGAAUCUAGUGGACUUCAUUGUGAAUGCAAAAGGAGCAGAAAACCAUCUUCUGUCCAUUUUAAAUGGCACAAAAGCAUCCAGGUGGCUGAAAUCAUUUUUGAAAGCAAAGAGGUUCACUCCCUGUAUUGAAACAUACUUUGAAGAUGAAGAUCAGUUGGAUGAGGUAGUGCAAUAUUUACAAGAAAUCUACAAAAAAAUCGACGAAAGAAUGCUAGCUCGGAUAAGAGAUGAUAAAAUUAAAUUUAUCCUAGAAGUUCUUCUGCCAGAAGCAAUCAUUUGUUCAAUUUCUGCUGUUGAUGGAUUAGAUUACAAGGAAGCUGAAGCAAAGUAUCUAAAAGGACCAUCUCUAGGAUACAGGGAAAGAGAGUUAUUUGAUUCAAAAAUCCUAGUUGAAAAGAGACGGAAGCCAUCAACAAAACAAGCUCACUAAAUCACCUGCAUGUCCAAAUCCUAACAGGGAGCUUUCAUAGAUAUUAGUUUAAAAAAUCCCCCUAACAUAUUUUCCAGAAACGGGAGGCUUUAGGUAAUAUGUUCAGGUUUUGUUGUGUGUGGUUUUUUGGCAUCUCUAUGAUCUGUCAAUAUUACUACAUCAACAUUUUCUUUCUUACGCUUCUUUAAAGUCAAUUUUAUUAUAUUUCAGCAGUUCUGCUAUCUCACACAUUUUUAGAAUUCAUAAUUCCUAAAUAAUUUUUAAGAGAAAGUACUAUUUUGUUUUUUGACAUCUUUGUGUCUAUGCUGUAUAGUUAAAUACAGGGUACACAAUCAUUUGCAUAUGAAAUUUGCACUAGUAUUAGAUAGUAAGUGAGAUGAUUAGAAAAAAAGUCUAAGGAACAUUGAUUAUAUUAUAUAUUUUUGCUUAGU